AUGGCCUCGGAGAGCGCUGCGCGGGGGAUCGCGCUCGCGGUGAGCGCUGGGUUGCUCGACCACGAGGGGACGGGUGCCGAGGAGACCGAGGACGCUCUGGGGAGCGGUGCCCGCCCUCCUCUCGUUGGUGAAGAUCGCGGUGCUCUGGAGAUGGGCGGCGAGGAGAUUGCUGCCGCGGAGGUUGACGUUGCGGGGAGCGUCCCUGCUCCUGACGCGGCUGACCAGCAGGGAGAUUCGAUCCAACGCGCGCGGGAGCCCACGAGUACUCCGGCGAGGUGGGUCGCGGGGCAGGCCGAAGAGGGAGAGUCAGCCCACGCUCGAAGCUGCGGACGGGCUCACUUGCGGAGGGGCGCGCAGAGGUCUGCGGACGAGCUGCAGGCGCCGGCUCCGGCAGCGCGCUUUCCGCCGAACCCUCAAGCUCAGGAUCGCGCCCCCCGGACGGAUCCAUCACCCCAGACGCGAUCGCCGCCGACGCCAGCGCGCCGUCCCAAUGACGACGAUAGUGACGCCUUAUCCCUAACAGGCCACACGGGAGCUGCGGGAGGAAGAGCACCACGGGGAAUCCGCGUGGGCCGCGGCAGCACCCGCCGCGGACGACGCGGGACUGCGGGAGGUCGACGAGGCCGAGGAGCACGCGGCACAAACCAGCGCGGCAGCAGAGCAAGCCGCUACGCGAGAAGGGCAGAAGGCCUACUGCGGGAAGGGGCGGAAGGCGGCGAGGAGGCGCAAGUCGAGGAAACGGAGGAGGAAGACGAGAAUGUUGAGAGUGACGGGGGUGACCCUGCUUUUAACCCCGAAAGGGAGGGGAUUUCGGAAGCAGAGGCUGAGGAAGACGAGGAGGAGUUGGAGCUUCUGCUCCAAGGAGCAGAAUUCCCAAACCCGCAGGCCCGCGGCGAACCUGCAAACCAAACCACAACUCGAAAUCGAGCCGCGAGGGGAGAUCCAGCGAGGGGGGGGAAAUCGGGCCGCGCCAGAGAACAGAGUCAACACCACAGCAGCCAAUAG